CAUUCGUGCCAAUCCAUAAACGCAAGCACGCUCGCCCCCCUCCACACGCGUGACAAACCCUAGCCCUCGCAUGCUCGCACACUCCUCGCCUCUCGCCGGCCGGACACCCCCGCGCUCGCCGGACCACCAUCACCGCCCCCAUCGUCUGCUCCGGCAGCACGCUCGCCGGGACCAUCCUAGACUCGCCGAUAUUCCGCGCCGGACCUCCGAGCCGGCUGCCGGAAAAUCCGUUUCCCUCGGGAAUAAACUCGGUGCUGGGAUUUGGCUUUAGGGGAAAGGAGAUAAAUCUGUUCUUCGAAGCUUUAGCGUUUUUCCUGUUGAUUUGAGGGUGGAGAGUUCAUGUGUUUGAGCUCUGAUUGAAGAAGGGAGCUGAAUUUUUGAAUAUAGAGCUAGAUUAUGUGCUUUUGAAGUGUCGGAUUUCUAGAAGCGGGGUUUGUCAUGAGAAUUGAGCGUUGGUGGUAUUGCCCAAGCUAGAACAAUAAGAAUUAUCAGGAAAAUUAGAGAAGUUUAUUCUAUAUCAUCUGAUGUCCAUACAGACUACAAGGAGUUGGCUGUCUGUGUUCACAUUUUGUGCAUGAAUACAUUUGAAGCGGAAAAUUUUUGAAUCAUCAGAGUAGUAUAAUUAGGAGCACGAGUGUAGCAUACAAAAAGGUAUUAUGGCGGAAGAGUUGCAUAAGUUGGUUGGAACAAGUGAAGAGGAUGAGGAGGAAGAUAUGGAGAUGGAUGUGAAAGAAGAAGAAGAAGAUGAGGAUGAUGAUGAGGAUGAGAAGAAUAUUGCAGCGCCAGCAGGCAUAGCUGUUGAUGGGGGGAUUGGGCCAAGUAGUAGCAGUGUUCGCUUUCAACGUCAUCAGACAGUUCAAGAACAAUUGGGCAACCAAGCAGGAGCACGGAGGUCAAGGCCAAUAGAAGAAAAAGAGAGAACAAAGCUACGAGAGCGACAUAGGAGGGCAAUUACUGCAAGGAUCUUGACAGGUCUUCGAAGGCAUGGGAACUAUAAUCUUAGGGUUAGAGCUGAUAUUAAUGAUGUCAUUGCUGCUUUGGCAAGGGAAGCUGGAUGGAUUGUUCUUCCAGAUGGAACUACCUUUCCUUCAAGAUCUCAGCGGACAAGGUCUGCUGCUGGUGCUUCUACUACAGUUUUGACUUCAUCUUCACCUAUGAUGCCGCAACAAACGCCACCUGGUCCCAUCAGAGGAAUCUCUCCUGGUUAUCAGAACUCUAUGGAGUGCAAUGCAUCAGGUCGCAUGAAAAGUGUUUUUGUGCCGCCAUCGUCACCCAUUGAUGCAACAACAAAUGCUCGACCUCAGACUUCAGUCAUGGUUGGAGAUGGAGGGGAAAAAGCAGAGAAUAAUCCACUUAUUUGCAGCUCAUUGCAUACUCUUAAUGACAAGCAGGUUGUUGACAUACCUUCAAAGUUACAGGAGCGUGAUUUUGCUGGCACCCCUUAUGUCCCAGUUUAUGUCAUGUUACCACUAGGUGUCAUAAACAUGAAGUGUGAACUGGUUGAUCCAGAUGGUUUACUAAAGCAGCUAAGGGUAUUGAAAUCAGUCAAUGUUGAUGGUGUUAUGGUUGAUUGCUGGUGGGGAAUUGUAGAGGCACAUGCUCCACAGGAGUAUAACUGGAAUGGGUACAAGAGGCUCUUCCAGAUUGUGCGUGAGCUUAAACUUAAGUUGCAGGUUGUAAUGUCAUUUCAUGAAUGUGGAGGCAAUGUUGGUGAUGACGUCUGUAUUCCACUGCCCCAUUGGGUGGCUGAAAUUGGUCGAAGCAAUCCUGAUAUAUAUUUUUCAGAUAGGGAGGGAAGACGCAAUCCUGAAUGUCUUUCAUGGGGAAUUGACAAGGAACGUGUUUUAAGAGGCCGGACUGCUGUUGAGGUUUACUUUGACUACAUGCGAAGUUUCCGAGUAGAAUUUAGUGAUUUCUUUGAGGAUGGUAUUAUCUCUAUGAUUGAAGUUGGAUUGGGUCCCUGUGGAGAACUGCGAUACCCAUCUUAUCCUGUAAAGCAUGGUUGGAGAUAUCCUGGUGUUGGUGAAUUCCAGUGUUACGAUCAGUAUUUAAUGAAAAGCUUAAGGAAGGCUGCAGAAACAAGAGGACACUCCUUUUGGGCUAAGGGUCCAGAUAAUGCAGGUUCUUACAAUUCCCAGCCACAAGAAGCAGGAUUUUUUCGUGAUGGAGGAGAUUAUGAUGGCUAUUAUGGAAGGUUCUUCCUAAAUUGGUACUCUCAGGUUUUGGUUGAUCAUGGUGACCGGGUACUUCCGCUUGCUAAAUUAGCAUUUGAAGGCACCUGUAUUGCAGCAAAGAUACCAGGUAUUUACUGGUGGUACAAGGCAUCCAGCCAUGCUGCCGAAUUAACUGCUGGGUUUUACAACCCAUGCAAUCGUGAUGGUUAUGCAUUGCCGGUGGCAAUGCUAAAGAAACAUGGAGCUGCUUUGAACUUCUCAUGUUCUGAAGUGUUCAUGUUAGAUCAACAUGAAGACAUCCCAAAGGCAAUGACAGAUCCUGAGGGGUUAGCUUGGCAAGUGCUGAAUGCUGCAUGGGAUGUUCAUGUUCCUGUUUCCAGUGAGAAUGCUCUUCCUUGUCAUGAUAGAGAAGGAUAUAACAAGAUAUUGGAAAAUGCCAAGCCCUUGAAUGAUCCAGAUGGAAGGCAUUUGUUAUCUUUUACCUAUCUUCGGCUGUGUCCGCUUCUCAUGGAAAGGCACAACUUCAUGGAAUUUGAACGUUUUGUGAAGAGAAUGCACGGGGAAGCAGUUCUUAACCUCCAGUUAUAGUGAUACAAGAAAAUGGUUCUUCGACUUGUGUAAUUAAUUAUCUCUCUUCCAUUACAAAAGGCUGGUCCCUGUUUCCUUUGUUGCAGCGUAGGGACAUCAUAUCUAUAUAUUUUUAAUGUUCAAAUACUCCUCUGUAAAUGAGUACAUUUAUAAAAAAUCAUGGCAUUGCACUGAUCCAUGUUUGCAUCAA